AUGAAGGCGACCCCGUACCCAAAGACCGCCACGCCCUGUCUCCAGCGGCAGCUGCAGAACCGCUGGAGAGGCCCUGGUGCUCCACCCCUCCGCUUCGCGGAAGGGGCGGCUGGGCCGCUCAGAGGCUGUGGCCCCCUUCCCUCCCUCCCUGUAACUGUUGCGCUGGUUACCGGGCCGCACAGCAGCGCCCUCCCCGUGGCCAGUCGUGGUGUGCGUGGGCCCAGCCAUCUUGCCGGGAAACCCUCGAAGGAGAACCCGCCGCGUUUUGCCGCGGCGCACAAUGCACACUUCUGCAAGAGACACAACCGCCUCCCCUCCCCAUGCCUACACACGCACAUUGCUCCCUGCCCCAGCGUUUGUCAUGGCCGGCCAGCACGGAAUGGAAAAUUCAGUGGCGUUCAAACUGUCUCCUGA